AGCGCCGCCGCAGGACGCAGAGGAGCCAACUAGCGAGUGGCGGCGGCGGCAGUGGCGGUGGCAGUUUGCGGCGAGGGCGACGGCUGUAAGGCCGAGCGACGGCCUAGCGGAGAUCGCGGUGCCCACUUCCGCGUGAUCUCUUGUGAUCAGCCUUGUACCUUUUCCACAUUUGAAGAUGGUGAAGCUAGAUAUUCAUAGUCUGGCCCAUCACCUCAAGCAGGAACGCUUAUAUGUAAAUUCUGAGAAACAGCUCAUUCAGAGGCUCAAUGCAGAUGUCCUUAAGACAGCUGAGAAGUUGUACCGUACAGCAUGGAUUGCUAAGCAACAGAGAAUUAAUUUGGAUCGGCUUAUCAUAACCAGUGCUGAAGCUUCUCCUGCUGAAUGUUGCCAGCAUGCCAAGAUUUUGGAAGAUACACAAUUUGUUGAUGGAUAUAAGCAGUUGGGAUUUCAGGAGACUGCUUAUGGGGAAUUCUUGAGUCGAUUAAGGGAAAAUCCUCGUCUUAUUGCCUCCUCUUUGGUUGCUGGAGAGAAACUUAAUCAGGAGAACACACACAGUGUUAUUUACACAGUUUUUACCUCCCUCUAUGGCAACUGCAUUAUGCAAGAAGAUGAAAGCUACCUCCUUCAGGUUUUGAGAUACUUGAUUGAAUUUGAACUUAAGGAAAGUGACAACCCCAGGCGACUUCUAAGGAGAGGAACUUGUGCCUUCAGCAUCUUAUUUAAACUUUUUUCCGAAGGACUGUUUUCUGCCAAACUUUUCCUCACAGCUACUUUGCAUGAGCCGAUCAUGCAACUGCUGGUUGAAGAUGAAGAUCACCUUGAAACAGAUCCAAACAAGCUAAUUGAGAGGUUCUCCCCAUCUCAACAGGAGAAACUCUUUGGAGAGAAAGGCUCAGAUAGAUUCAGGCAAAAGGUUCAAGAGAUGGUAGAUUCCAAUGAGGCCAAACUAGUGGCUUUGGUGAACAAAUUUAUUGGUUAUCUCAAGCAGAACACAUAUUGCUUUCCACAUAGUUUAAGGUGGAUUGUGUCACAGAUGUACAAAACCCUGUCCUGUGUGGAUAGACUGGAAGUUGGGGAGGUCAGGGCAAUGUGUACUGAUCUCCUGUUGGCCUGCUUCAUUUGUCCUGCAGUUGUCAAUCCAGAACAAUAUGGAAUAAUUUCUGAUGCUCCUAUUAAUGAGGUGGCGAGAUUUAAUCUGAUGCAGGUUGGGCGCCUUUUGCAGCAGUUAGCGAUGACUGGCUCUGAAGAGGGCGAUCCCCGGACAAAGAGCAGCCUUGGGAAAUUUGACAAAAGCUGUGUUGCUGCUUUCCUUGAUGUUGUGAUUGGCGGCCGUGCAGUGGAGACCCCUCCAAUGUCCUCUGUUAAUCUUCUGGAAGGGUUGAGCAGAACUGUGGUUUAUAUAACUUACAGUCAGCUUAUUACUCUGGUGAAUUUUAUGAAGAGUGUAAUGUCUGGAGAUCAACUGAGAGAAGAUAGAAUGGCUCUUGACAAUUUAUUGGCAAACCUCCCCCAGGCAAAGCCAGGAAAAAGCAGCAGUUUAGAAAUGACUCCCUACAAUACUCCUCAGUUGUCUCCAGCAACCACACCAGCAAAUAAAAAGAAUCGAUUGCCUAUAGCAACUCGGAGCAGGAGCCGCACCAAUGUGCUAAUGGACCUACAUAUGGACCAUGAAGGACCAUUUCAAGAAACCAUCCAGGAGGUACAACCAGAAGAGGUGUUGGUCAUUUCCUUAGGGACAGGUCCACAGCUUACUCCAGGGAUGAUGUCAGAAAAUGAGGUAUUUAACUUAUGUUUUCAAUGGAGGUCCGAGGUGAACAGGAGGAAACCAAUGGAAAGGAGCUUGUGUCAUUGUGGCCAGAGUGGGAAAUGUGUGUUUUUGGUGGUUACUCAUGGAAAUUACCCUUACCUUGGCUUCUUUCUUGUGGGUAGAGUAGAGAGCUUUUGUUGGUUUAGUGUUUGGCCUUUCCCUGGUAUCACUGCUCUUUCCUUUAGGAUCUUUGUUAACCCUUUGCUCCCCACUGGUUAUACAGGUGCAGCAGCAGAGAACAUGUUAGGCAGUUUACUAUGCCUGCCAGGCUCAGGGUCAGUGCUUCUUGACCCCUGCACUGGUUCUACCAUAUCAGAGACAACAAGCGAAGCUUGGAGUGUAGAGGUAUUGCCAAGUGACUCAGAGGCCCCAGAUCUAAAGCAGGAGGAGCGGCUUCAAGAACUGGAGAGCUGUUCUGGACUGGGUAGCACAUCUGAUGAUACGGAUGUCAGGGAGGUCAGUUCCCGCCCCAGCACACCAGGCCUCAGUGUUGUGUCGGGCAUAAGUGCAACCUCUGAGGAUAUUCCCAAUAAGACUGAAGACCUGAGAUCUGAGUGCAGUUCUGAUUUUGGGGGUAAAGAUUCUGUCACCAGUCCAGACAUGGAUGAAGUAACUCAUGGCGCCCACCAGCUGACCUCUCCUCCUUCUCAGUCAGAAUCUCUGCUUGCCAUGUUUGAUCCACUGUCUUCACAUGAAGGGGCUUCCGCUGUGGUAAGGCCAAAAGUUCACUAUGCCAGGCCAUCGCAUCCACCACCAGAUCCUCCAAUCCUGGAAGGAGCUGUGGGAGGCCAUGAGGUUCGAUUGCCAAACUUUGGUUCCCACAUUUUAACUCCAGCAGAAAUGGAGGCAUUCAGGCAAAGGCAUUCUUACCCUGAGAGACUAGUUCGCAGCAGGAGCUCCGAUAUAGUAUCUUCUGUCCGGCGACCCAUGAGUGACCCCAGCUGGAACCGACGUCCAGGGAAUGAAGAGCGAGAACUCCCUGCAGCUGCAGCCAUUGGUGCUACUUCUUUGGUGGCUGCUCCGCAUUCGUCAUCUUCAUCCCCGAGUAAGGACUCCUCGAGAGGAGAGACUGAAGAACGCAAAGAUAGUGAUGACGAGAAAUCAGACAGGAACAGACCUUGGUGGAGAAAACGUUUUGUUUCUGCCAUGCCUAAAGCUCCUAUACCAUUUAGAAAGAAAGAAAAACAAGAAAAAGACAAAGAUGAUCUGGGGCCUGACAGAUUCUCAACACUCACAGAUGAUCCCAGCCCUAGACUCAGUGCACAAGCUCAGGUUGCUGAGGAUAUUUUGGACAAGUACAGGAAUGCCAUCAAACGAACCAGCCCCAGUGAAGGAGCAAUGGCAAACUAUGAAAGUGCAGAGGUUAUGGGUGAUGGGGAAAGUGCACAUGACUCUCCUCGUGAGGAGGCCCUGCAGAACAUCUCAGCCGAUGACCUCCCAGACUCCGCCAGCCAGGCCGCCCACCCACAGGACUCAGCUUUUUCUUACAGAGAUGCAAAAAAGAAACUGAGGCUUGCUCUUUGCUCUGCGGAUUCUGUUGCUUUCCCAGUGCUAACGCAUUCAACAAGGAAUGGCUUACCAGACCAUACAGACCCAGAAGACAAUGAAAUUGUAUGCUUCUUAAAAGUUCAAAUAGCUGAAGCAAUUAAUUUACAAGAUAAGAACCUAAUGGCUCAACUUCAAGAAACAAUGCGUUGUGUGUGCCGCUUUGAUAACAGGACUUGUAGGAAACUGCUGGCAUCUAUCGCCGAGGACUAUAGGAAAAGGGCCCCCUAUAUUGCAUAUCUCACCCGUUGUCGACAAGGACUGCAGACCACACAGGCUCACCUGGAAAGGCUACUCCAAAGGGUUUUGCGGGACAAAGAGGUAGCCAAUAGAUACUUUACCACCGUCUGUGUGAGACUGCUGCUUGAGAGCAAAGAAAAGAAGAUCAGGGAAUUCAUUCAAGACUUUCAGAAACUCACAGCAGCUGAUGACAAAACUGCUCAGGUAGAAGAUUUUCUGCAGUUCCUUUAUGGUGCAAUGGCCCAGGACGUCAUAUGGCAAAAUGCGAGUGAAGAGCAGCUCCAGGACGCUCAACUUGCCAUUGAACGAAGUGUGAUGAAUCGGAUCUUCAAGCUUGCUUUUUACCCUAAUCAGGAUGGGGACAUACUUCGUGACCAGGUUCUUCAUGAACAUAUUCAGAGAUUGUCUAAAGUAGUGACUGCAAAUCACAGAGCUCUCCAGAUACCAGAGGUUUAUCUUCGGGAGGCACCAUGGCCAUCUGCACAGUCAGAAAUCAGGACUAUAAGUGCUUACAAAACACCCCGGGACAAAGUGCAGUGCAUCCUGAGAAUGUGCUCCACGAUCAUGAACUUACUGAGCCUGGCCAAUGAGGAUUCUGUCCCAGGAGCAGAUGACUUUGUCCCCGUUUUGGUAUUUGUGUUGAUAAAGGCAAAUCCACCCUGUUUGCUGUCCACUGUUCAGUAUAUCAGUAGUUUUUAUGCCAGCUGUCUUUCUGGAGAGGAGUCCUAUUGGUGGAUGCAGUUCACAGCUGCAGUGGAAUUCAUUAAAACUAUUGAUGACCGAAAGUGACCACAGCCAAGGCCCACCAAGGCAGCAGACUGUUAGGCGGGCAAACCGAUCCCUUAGAGAAUGUACCAGCUGCUUUGAAGGCUGAAGAUUGUUUUUGUAUAAUAUUGUACAGUAUUCAGACAUUUUAAACAGAUCUUUACUAAACAGAUUAAUGAGCUAACAAGCAGGUUCUCUUUUCUUUGGGCUCUUUUCCUGUCUGAGUUGCGUAUUUUGUUAUUUUCUUGUCCCAAGUAGAGAAUAGUACUGCAAAAAGGGGACCACAUUUUCAGGUUUUUUUAAAUAUUGGGGGAAAAAAAAUCUCCUAGAAAAUUCCCAGAUCUCCAUUCAUGGGUAUCCAUUCUUUUGUUUUAUUUCAAAAAAAGAGUGUACACCUCUUUCAAGAUGCUCUCUGAUCUCAUAUGCAUCCAAUGGAAGGAAGAUACCAGUUGCACUGAGGGUGAUUAUAAUAGUGGUGACAUUAGUGGCAUUAUCUAUAAAUACAGUCACCUAACUUGAAAAGCUAAGAAGGAAAUGUAAAUAUAUAUUUAUAUUUGAUGUAAUAUGGACAUCUUCAGAUUCUAAUAAACAAGGAAUAUUGCCGGUAGUAGGUUUGAUGUAUCCUCUUGUGAAAUGGUUUCCUUGACAAAAUAUAAGCUAAGCUUAAAAGCAAAAAGCAAAUACACAGAAAUAUUUAUUAAGGUGUAAUACAGUUCAUUGAGCUUUUUAGGUGUGGAGUUUGAUGCACAGGGCUACCUUUGAUGAAGGGUAUAAAAAUCACUCGGACACUCUUACCCUCGAUGUCUCUGAGCCUCCCGUAGACUCCCGAUCUAUACAUGCGGUGCGAAGGAGCAGGAGCUAUGUAGUUCAUUAUUGUGGCGCUUCUCAUCUGAAAUACUAGGAAGUACAGUGUAGAGACCCCAAACAGAACUCCUUACAGACUUCUAAUUGUAAUAUAUUUUUGAUGAUUAUUCACAUUGAAUGCACAGACCAGGAAUUCAGUGAAUGUCAUUUUUUAAAAAAACUAAUUUGUAUUGUCUAGUGACACAAGUUUUACUAGUGAUAAGCUAUUUUAAUCAAUCAUACUAUUCUUAUGGAAAAAAAUCUAUUUUGUCAGGUUUCUGUGCCUUUAUUUCCCUCUUCUGAACAAAAUUACAUGUUACGGUAUUUUUAUUUGAUUGUAUAUUGAUAACUAACUAAUCAGGAGCGGGUUUUGGUGUCUGUGAAAUUGAGCAAGGAGGUUCACCAAAGCUUCAAGCACAUGUGUUGUACGUAGGUUAUCACCAGCUGGUUUCACUUUGUAUGUUUCUUAAACACAUUUAGCUGCUUUUAUAACAAACUCAGUCCCACAGUUUGAGCCCCUUGUUGCUGGCAGCAUUUCCAGGCAUUUUUAAGGGAACUGAGACCAACAGCCUUAAGCAGAUGAAUACAGAGGCUGUCUCCUCCCUCCCUCCAAGAUCCUUUUGUGUAAUUGUGACUAAAGAAGCUGGAUUUCCAUUAUGCCUCCACCUCUUCUCAUUCAUUUAUUUUAUAAUACCAAAAUAAGCUGCAGAGGAGUGUGGGGUGUGGUUUCUGCCUUUUAGGGAGAGAUCAAAAUUAAACUAGUGCCACAGAAUGUCCUUUUGAAUGUUAGGUCAAGAAAUCUGUGUACAGUCAUGUGCUUCAUGGGCUGUAACUGUCAAAUUUGCGUAGGUAUUAGAAGUCAGUUCCCCUCGUAAAUACUUAACAAAACAAACUGCCUAAUGUGAUUUCUAAGACCCUCUAGAGGGAGUCCAUUUACUUCACAUUUGAUUCAAUAAAUGUUAAGUCAAUGGAAGACUUGGAGUAGUUGAAAUUCAUUGUUAAGGGACUUAACUCAUAAGUCAGUGAGAUUUUUUUCCUCCACAAUGGUUGCUAAUUGAUGGCAUGUUAUUACUAUGGAAAUAAAUACGACGAUGUGGACAUGGCACAGGGCUUGUUUCUGUGAGGCUGAGGUGACAAGUUGAGUGUAGGGCUUACUGGAGGCAGGUGACACAGCUCUGCAGCGCUUGAGCUGGUGGUGAGGGUAGAAGCCCAGAGUCACUGUAUCUCUGAGUCAGAGGCAGGCACUUGGGUCUUGACUCAGGUGCUGGCAAAGAAGCACAGCCCAGCUGUUUAAGGGGCAGUUACGUUUCCCUCAGGAAAUCCUGUCAGGAGCAAGGACCAACCAGCAUUAACUGUUACUGGUCUGAUUCCAGGAGAGGAUUCAUUGUAGUGUUGUUUCUGAAUCUGCAUGGCAGGUGGGGGUGGGGGUGAGAUAGGGAGGAAUUUGAUUUUGCUCUUUCAAGAAUGAGGAAUAGUUGUUCUAAUGUUUCACUAUACUUCUUUCCAGUACCUAGUCUAUGUGAAAGAUUACUGCAAAAGUACAAAAUCACCCAUAGGAAACAUUCAGUAGCCACCAGUUAUUACGUGGAACUUACAAGGAUAAUGAAUGUUAAAUGGAGAGGUGGUGACUCAGUUUAUUGAAAUGUUACAGAAUUAACUCCUCUAAUGAAAAAUCAGUUUGUAUUUCAUAUUAAUAUUCUGCUGUGGCAGAGAGUUGAGUAAUAGAAAUAUAGAUUGAAGAUUGUUUUUCCUUGUGAAGUUUUUAAAAAAGUUCUUCCUUGUGAAUUAUUUUUUUAAAAACCUGGCAAACAUUUUGUUUUCUUGCUCCAUGUUCAAAACUCAGCUAGUUACUGCUUUCUUUUUUUAUUUUUAAAAAACCUGCUUACAAAAGCCUUUUUAUACAGAUAUAAAAUCACUGUAGUAAGAGAAUUAGGCUUUAUGAGGGAUUGAAAAUGUGGUGCAUGGUUUUCCUUUUCCUGUUGUGUCCUGGAAGCCUUUGUUUGUUUCACCAUACAUGUUCCUGAGGUAAAUAAGAAAACAAAAAUCUGGCCCCAAAAUAGGCUGUGUUCUUGCCGUAAGAAUCUGUAGCUGACUGCCCAUGCCAGCCCGGCGCCACUUUUCUGUUGCCUGCCGUGGGAAUUCCAGUUUGGGCCAAGGUCAUCUAGGUGUUUUAAAUGGGUGCAGUUUUAAAAUACUACUUUCUCUGAUGUGAUUGGGUAUGAAAAGGGAAAGUAGGACCACACUUGCUCUGAAUUAUUAGUGGAUUGUGUAGAACUGAUAGAAAUGUGGAGUUAGCAUUCUUCAUUUCUGUGUACUAGACUUUCUCUUCCUGCCUCUCCAUUUUCUUAAAGGAAAAAUCUGUAUUUGCUCUCCUUUUAUUUAUUUUAAGUCUAGUAAAUUUAUUCUGUAUGUAAUUACCAAAAUUUGUGGGGUGGGGGGUCAAAUGAUCUUGAAGGUCAAAGAAUUUUUAGUAAAGUAGAUUAACAGUGACAAGACAUUUGAGAUAUUUUUGAAUGCCAAAAUGCUUCAGAACUUUGCCAGAUUAAUAAUUACUUAAUGUAGUUUAGAAUAUAGGUUACCCAAUAAGUAGGAUGACCUGGAUAGCUUUAUUACUCUUGAGAACAUUUGGAGAAUAGAAAGUAUAAUUUGCUUCAGUGUUGAGGUUGGUGUGGUUGAGCUGUGGCGUCACCAUGGAGUUGCUGUGUCCAAUCUGCCUGUCCUCAGAAUAGGGUAAGUCCAAGAGAGGUGACAUCUACACUUGGUUAAUGGCAGAUAGUGUGGGCAGGGGCCACAUGCCUUAAGAAUUCACCUCUGCUGAGUUGAUACUCUCAUCUACCGUAUUCUUGUGCUUCAACUGUGUUAAAAACCUUUGUACUGCCUCUCCUCUUGAAACUGACAAAACCUUAUAUGAGCCUCAGUUAAUGAGCUUGCGCAAUCUUGUAUGUGUAUAGGCAACCCAUCCUGUCUCCUAAUGUGAUUGCUAGUGUAUAUCAUUCUGAAAUACUUAUUAAAAAGGGAGAGCAGUUGAAUUCACUGGGUUUUAUGUUUACAUCAUCUAUUUUGUAUUCAGAAGAAUUUCCGGAAAUUUCUUUGACUUCUCAAAUAUUACUAAUAUUCUCCAUAAAUUUACACUUGUCUUUUUCAUCUGAACAUCUAAGGAUAUUUGUUAAGUGUGGUAUGGGAAGGAAUUAGAAAGAUCCAGCAGUUACUAAUGAGAUUGUGAACAAUUACUAUUUUAACACAGUUCCUAUCUGACUCCUGUCUUUGGUAGCUAUUCAUCAGCCUUAGUUCUGAGAGCAGAAGUCCUCAUCGGGGUACUCACUGAAGCUUUUAUCAGCCUUUUCGGCUGAGGGGAGUCCCUAUUAGACAAGGAGCCCUUGUCACAGAGGCAAGCUCGCUCUGCUGGCUUCCCUCACUGGUGGAAAGGUGCUUUCCCUAUAUUGAUUCACUUCAUUUAGAAAGUUCUUACAGAGUUCUACAUUUAAAAAUUUGAUUAGGGCUUAGUGUUCACUCAGUCUGCUUGGUAUUAAUAUUACAACUAGCCUAGAACUGAAAGUGGAGUUCAAUUUUUCUUGACAACUUGGAAUUACCUGUGUUCUUGGGCUCCGGUUUUAUUUGUACCCAGUUAACCCCUUCUCCAAAUAAGUGGCUCUGUAGCUUUUCCCAGAGGAUGCUGAGCUUGUGACAUUGUUUAGCUAGGCCUCCCUGCAGUGCUGCCUGUAAAAUGUGUCAGGAUCCUGAAAAGUGAGAUCAGGUCAGAAGCUCUUCUUGGUUGUAAAUGUGUUCUCUACCUAGAGAUUUAAGUAUUCAUUGAAGAGUUUUUGCUUCAGUUAUUUCGUUCCAGAAGAAUGCUUUUCCAUCUUUGGGUACUAAAAUGCAGUUCAGACUUAAAAAAAAACUGACCAGAAAAGCUGGAAGGUCUCUUGUUGUGGGGAUCCAGAAAACAUCUUCCACAUUCUGUGCUAAAAUGGAAAUAUCUCUCAGUUCAAACCAUUGAGCCUGUUACAAAUGAUGAACAUGAAAACCAUGGUAGUCUUAACUUCUGUUAACUAAGAAUUCAGCACAUCGCUGGUCAAAAACAUUAAAUUUUGCGUUCCUGUGAAAAGAGUAUCCAAUGUGAUUUUUUAAAAAUAGGACAUUUUCACCCCCACUUUCCUUAGCCCUCCUAAUUUGUAUGUUUGACAAAAGUUUUGUAACCAGGGCUGUUAGCUGCUGAUGUUUCUUAUCAUUAAUUAAUUACUGGUUAAUUCAGUCAAGUGACCUGUUCUGACUCAGUUUUCCCAAAUGAAUUCUAAUCUCUGGGAGUGGGGCCCAUUCUUAGGUGCCUUAGAGAGUUCUACUAUACACUAUUGUUUUCCAAAUUUCCCUGUUGAGAAUCACCUGGUACUUGUGUUGGUAAAUCAGAAUCCGUGGAGGACAGAAACAAAAAUAAGUCCUUGACUGAUUCCUGGCUCUAGGCUCUCUGGGCUGGAGCAUCAGGAAAAGACAAAUUGUAAGAAAAGAAAUAGAAACCAUGUUUCAGAGAUUUGUAUUACAGGUACUUCCUCAGUUUGUAAGACAGGAGUCUGAAAUGCUAUUAGCUUUUUUCUCAAGAGAGCUCUGCAUUGUGUGCUUACUUGGACAAAUGGGCCAGGACUUUGUAAUGAGACAGGUUGAAGGAAAACCCAGUCAUGAUGUUUUCUCUAGCCACUAAUGAGAGGUGGCAAUCGGGAAAGUGAAGCUCAUCAUGGGUGAUAAUCAUUCAAAAGACAAUAUGACCAGGCCUCAGAGAUGUGGUAUAUAUAUAUAUGUGAAAAAGGGGUGUUGAAUUUAUGUGGAAGGGGAAGUAAAGUGAACACGGAUUAAAAAUAAUACAAGUUAACAACA